CUCUGUCCGGCUGUGGCUGAGCGUGCCGCCGCCAUGAGCUCCAUCGGCACCGGCUACGAUCUGUUGGCUUCCACGUUUUCUCCAGAUGGCAGAGUAUUUCAAGUUGAAUAUGCCAUGAAAGCUGUGGAGAAUAGUAGUACAGCAAUUGGGAUAAGAUGCAAAGAUGGUGUUGUCUUUGGAGUAGAAAAACUAGUUCUGUCCAAGCUUUAUGAAGAGGCACCCACAGUGGACGAAGUGGCUGGCCGACUCCGGCAAUAUGAAGAGAGCCUUUCUUCCUCCCUCGUCUCGGCUGUGGAGAAACUGUCCCAGGACGUCCGGCAACUCAAAGAGGAUAUAUCUUACUCCCCACCUGUACAGACCCGUAAUUCAGCCAAUAUUGAGUAA